AACAAAAAAAACAGUAUUUUUAUUUUAUUUCGGAGUAUUUGCAAUUUGCAUUUGCUUCGAAUGAUAAUAAUUAUUCGACCAAAUUUAAUAAUAAUUAAUAACCACAAAUGAGUGCUGAACAAGAUCCAGACGCACUAGCUUCAAUGCUACGUAAAACCACGUUGAAGUCAUCUUCGAGCCCCCCUGUCCACCAACCACCUUUUUCCUAUUUUUCCGAAAAUCUUGUGGGACAGGAGACGCCGAAGACGCCACCCCCGAUCAGGCACACGCCAAUUUUUGAUCCGGAAACCACGCUAAUGCUGUCUUUGAGCCCCCCUGGCCAAAAACCACAAUGUUCCAGGUUCUCCAGGAGAUACGUGCCACCGGACGGUUCCCAGACAAUUUUUGAUGCGAAAGGUCGAGCUCCCAGACCGAUUUUGGGAAACAAACAGGAACCGGAACCGUUGGAAGACGAGGCCAGCAGAUGGAAGGUUCUUGGACCCGAAUGGAAAGUUGUUGGAUUUGGAAGAGAAAUACGGAAGCAGAAUACUUGUCUGCCAAAUAACGAAGAGGCUUCUAAGAAAUAGGUACCUACUAUCCUACUAACUAGUCGUAGUUUUUGUUCGGAUUAUAAUAUGUUCAAUUUAUUCACUUAUCCUAUUGUUACAAUAAUAGAAUUUAUGUAUUACUGAUUUAGAUUUUAGAAUGUAGUUUUGUUUCAGAUUUGUUAGUUUAUUUAUUGUUAAUUAUUAUAAUUAAUCAUUGUUAUUAUUUAUCGUUGUUGUUAUUGUUUAGUUGAAAUAAUAAAUAAAUAGAAUCACCUAAUUUAAUUCAUGUUGUGUG